UAGAAUAGCUAGGAAUCAAAAGCUUUUCUGCAACCAUUUGUUUCUGGGAUGCACAAUUAUUGGAGCUCAUGUUUCUCCUUCGAUAAGGAUUAAAAUGGAUCUGAGAAAUGAACGUCUUUGGAUGUAUAAUCGAGUCAUACCUGGAAGAAAGGGAUUGACAGAUGAAUUUAAGGUUGGAGUAGAUCAAUUUGUGAAUUUUGCUUGCGCACAAGCGGAGUUUGUUGAGAACGGUGUAAUUAGAUGCCCGUGUACCAAAUGUAGAAAUCAAUGCUACAAGAAUCCCAAAGAUGUAAAAGUCGACCUUUAUAAGUGGGGGUUCGAAUCAAACUAUUGGCACUGGACUUGUCAUGGGGAAGAGGUCCCAUUUUUCACUCAAAGCGUGAAUGAUGUGUCACAUAUGGGGGGUGAAGGGAAUAACAUGUACGAAACAAUGGUUCAUGAUAAUUUUGGGAUGAGCUCAACACCUACUCAUCAAAAUGGAGAUUUUGAAGGGCCACAUGAAAGUGCACAAAAAUUUUAUGAGUUACUCGAUUCUGCACGACAACCAUUAUGGCCAGGAUGUACAACAGAUACUGAAUUAUCAUUUACAUUGAAGAUGAUGAGUAUAAAAUCAUCAUAUAACAUUGCACAAAAGGCCAUGGAUGAGAUGUUAGAUGCAUGUAGUCGAGCAAUGCCACUACCAAAUAAGGUACCGUCCAAUUUUAUCAAGCUGAGAAAUUGGUCUCUAAACUUGGUCUCGGUCAUGUGAAAAUUGAUUGUUGUAUUAACGGUUGCAUGUUGUAUUACAAAGAGGAUAUUGAAUUGGGACAAUGCAAAUUUUGCGGUGAGCCACGUUACAAAGAAAGUACAAAACACCAGUCAAAAGUUCCUCGGAAAAGGAUGCAUUACUUACCUCUAAUUCCAAGACUUCAAAGGUUAUAUGCAUCGCCGAGCUCAGCUAAGCAUAUGAGGUGGCAUGCUGAAAAUCAUCGUGACAUCGGCAUGAUGUGUCAUCCAUCAGACGGUGAAGCAUGGAAACAUUUUGAUAAAACCUAUCCCGAAUUUGCUUCAGAACCACGUAAUGUCAGGCUCGGCUUGUGUUCGGAUGGCUUCUCUCCUUUUGGUAUGUCCUCUAAGUCAUAUUCGUGUUGGCCCAUAAUCGUUACUGUGUACAACCUUCCACCGUCAAUGUGUAUGACAACCCCGUAUAUGUUUUUGAGUUCUAUAAUUCCUGGUAAAAAUAAUCCAAAGGCUCAAAUCGAUGUAUACUUACAGCCACUAAUCGAUGAAUUGAAAUCUUUGUGGGAAACAGGGGUUGUCACUUAUGAUGUGUCGUUAAAGCAAAACUUUGUGAUGAAGGCAUCUUUAAUGUGGACAAUAAGUGACUUUCCGGCGUAUGGGAUGCUAUCAGGUUGGCAAACUGCAGGGAAAUUAUCUUGUCCAUAUUGUAUGGAAUCCACACAAGCUUUUUGGUUAAAGAAUGGAGGAAAACAUUCAUGGUUUGAUUGUCAUCGCCAAUUCUUGUCUAUGAAUCAUCCUUUUAGGAAAAACAAAAACGAUUUUCUAAAAGGAAGGGUUGAAAAGUCAUAUCCUCCUUGUCUAUUGUGUGGUGAAGAAGUGUUGGAGCGUGUGUCAUACAUUCCAAAGAUCACCGAACAGCCCAAUUUAAAGAUGCCGGGAUAUGGGGAAACACACAAUUGGACCAAAAGGAGUAUAUUUUGGGACCUACCAUAUUGGAAAGAUAAUCUUAUCCGACACAAUCUUGAUGUCAUGCACAUUGAGAAAAAUGUGUUUGAUAAUGUGUUUUACACUAUCAUGGACAUCAAAGGGACCAAUAAGAACAAAGAUGGUGUAAAAUCGAGGAUGGAUUUAAGGGAACACUGCUUGCGACCAGAACUGGAACUAAAUGUAGAUAAUGGUGGAAAGGUUUUGAAGCCAAAGGCAAGUUUUACAUGCAAUGAUGAUCAACGGAGGGCGGUGUGUGAGUGGUUACAUAACAUUCGAAUGCCAGAUGGAUAUGCAGGAAAUUUAUCUAGUUGUGUUGAUCUAAAAGAAUGUAAGUUGCAUGGAACGAAAAGUCAUGACUGUCAUAUAUUCAUGGAGUGCCUUUUACCGGUUGCUUUUAAAUUCUUACCACCUACUCAAUGGAAAGCUUUGACAGAAUUGAGUCAAUUUUUUCGUGAUCUAUGCUCGGCUAACCUACAUGUAGAUAAGGUUAAACAACUUCAUGAAAGCAUUCCGACAAUCAUCUGUAAGUUGGAAAAAAUAUUUCCUCCUGGAUUUUUUAACUGCAUGGAACAUUUGCCGGUUCAUCUUCCAUAUGAAGCAUUGGUUGGUGGACCGGUUCAGUACCGUUGGAUGUAUCCAUUUGAAAGAUUCCUUCACUACCUUAAAAGAAAGGUAAAAAACAAAGCUCGCGUAGAAGGAUCAAUAUGUGAGGCAUAUCUGAUCGAAGAGGCAACCAAUUUUGCUUCAUAUUACUUUGAGUCUCAUGUUGAGAGUGGAAGAACUAGAAUUGGCCGAAAUUUGGAUGAUGGCGGCUUCAAUGAAUCUGUUCAACCAACCUUGUCUGUGUUCAAUCGCCCUGGUCGUCCUUUGGGUGCAGUUAGAAGUCGAUAUUUGGAUGAGAAAGAAUAUUUUGCUGCACAUCAACAUGUAUUACUCAAUUGUGAAGAGGUCAAACCGUAUCUGCAGUUUUAUGAAAAUGGAUUACGUGACUUAAAUCCAGGCAGCACCGAUGAACAAAUUGAUUUAGCAAUUGAACAUAAUUUUGCAAGUUGGUUUCGUGAUUAUGUAUGUAAUCCCGUUAAUAUGGUGUAUAAUAAAUUUCUUCAUGAUCUCGCAAUGGGGCCACUUAUAGAGGUUGGAACUUAUAAGGGGUAUAUCAUCAAUGGUUACAAGUUCCAAGUUAAAGAAUAUUGCGAAGGGCGAUCCACCAUGAAUUGUGGAGUUUCCAUCAAAGGCACAAAUUGUGGAAAUGUUGAAGAUAAUUUUUAUGGAAUGAUUAAUGAGAUUGUUGAAAUGUCAUAUCCAAAUUUCCCAGUAAAAAAGGUGGUGCUCUUUAAUUGUGAGUGGUUUGAUACGUCUCCUAACCGUGGUACUAGAGUUGAUCCAACAUAUGGACUUGUAGAAGUGCAACGCAACCGAAGAUAUCAUAAAUUUGACCCAUUUAUCUUUGCACAUAAUGCGAGUCAGGUAUAUUAUGCCCCGUAUCCCCGAGGCAUAAGUAAUAAAAAUAACUGGUGGGUUGUCUUUACAACUAGACCAAGAGGGACAUUCGACGAUCAGUAUAAAUUAAAUUCCGCAUUUCAACAAUCUGAAAUUCCUUCACAUAACAGGAACAUUACUACUUUGGAAAAUGAUGUUGUUGAUCCUCUAGUGGAUUAUUCACAAGUCUAUGAGAUUGACGCAGAAGAGGCAACAAAUGAAGAAGAAGAAGAGGAGGAGGAGGAGGAGGAGGAGGAGGAGGAGGAGGAGGGGGAGGAGGAGGAGGGGGAGGAGGAGGAGGAGGAGGAGCUGGAAGAAGAACCAGAAGAAGAUCUGGAAGAAGAGGAAGAAGAAGGAUAAAAAAAUAUUUGUCAUUAAUUUUACUUUAUUUUUCUGAUAUGAUACAAUCUCAUCUGAAUAAAAUAAGAAUAAACAUUCAUUGAUAAAAAAAGAUGAACAUAAGCGCUCCUAAGGAUGUUGUCAUUUGGAUACAGAUUUCAUGGUCCUAGUCGGAUCUGACAUGUCUAAGUCUUGUGUGAUUUGAUAAAUGUCUGAUAUAUGUAUAUUUUGUCAUACCAGACCAGACUUAAACAGACCAAACUACACCAUAUAAGACAACAAAAUUUCAGUCCAAAAGAAAAUAUCAAGUGUAAAAAAAUCUAGUCUCAAAUUUAUGCUAUUUCAUUGAUUUGGUAUCUAAUUAUUGUUAUUUAUUUUGAAAAUAAACAACUUCCCCCAAAAAAAUCCGCAAUACCUCAUCCCCUCCUAAAAUUUCACUCCGUACAUCCUCCCUCCCAAAAUGAAAUUACUGAAAAACUUCCCUCCAAUCUUUUUAGUUUCCCCAAUUAUUUCCCUCCCCAAUUAUUUCCCUCCCCAAUAAUUGUAGCUAGGUUUUAUUCCGUAUUACACUUGCUAUUCUUUGGAAGCACCAGAGCACCAGCCGCUGCAGCUUUACUCUUUCUCGACUAACUCCAUAGCUGGAAGAACAGAUGGUUCGUACUACUAAUGAGAGACAAACUGGGAACACUUUCAGCCAACUAGCCUUGCCACCGCCUCUUAAUACAGGACAUUUAUGGCUUCCACGUGAGGGCAGACCAUUCAACUCAUCUUCACCUAAUAAUACAAGUUCUUCAAGCGCUUCUCUAUCGAGUCAACCGGAAUCUCCAAAUAGCACAUCUACCUUGAGUGAGCCAAACCAAUCCCCACCCUCAGAAGUUAAGAAAGAGAUCGUUCCUGAUGGGAAAUCCGGAUUCAUUCCAUGCUCGGCAAACAGAUAUGUUAUGCCAUGCCUUAAGAAAAAAUUUGAUGAGCCAAUUCUCUCUUAUAAAGAAGCCUCGCCUGAAUUACAAAAUAUUUGGCUUAAUUUAUUUAAGGAAAGGUAUACAUGGAGGCCGGAACAUGAAUAUCGCAUCCAAAAAAACUUUAAUAGUAAAGGUUCUGCUGGGCUUUGACGGGCUCUGUCUGCUGUUCGAAAGUCAAAAAAACAGCCAAAGUGGAUAAUCAAGUCACUAUGGACUCAAUUGCUUGUCAAAUGGGGUGACAUAAAGUACAUACAAAAGUGUGAAACUAAUCAGAAAAAUAGAAAUUCUGAUGUUGGAAUCACCUUGCACACGGGGGGUUCCAUUCCCAUUACAGAACACAUUCGAAGAUAUGAGGAAAAACAUGGUCUGCAGAACCAGAUAAGAUGUAUUUACAAACACACACGAAGAAAAAAGAUGGUUCAUUUGUCACCCCCAAAGCUAAGCAAGUCUAUGUGAGUGUAUUAUAGUAUUGUGUAGAUUUAUUAAAUACACUGUAUUUUAAUGAAGUAAUGACUUAUCAUUAUUAUUUCCACAUUUUACAAAUAAGAUGCAGACUUUAACCAUUGUUGUAAUUUGCUAAUAACCAUAUUAUUGCUAUUUAUUGUGAUAACAACUAAUGCGAUUGUGCGGAAUGUGUGUUCAUUGUUGGUUGGAGUACUAAUCCAUUUGGAGUGAUACCGCAGGUAUUAAAUUUGUAUCCACUAGUGUAUUUCUUAUGUCUUUGUCCCUCAAGUAAUUUAUUUAGUGAUGAAUUGACACUAUAUUGUUCUACUGACAUUUUGUAGUCCUUAAUAAUUUUUUUUUGAUAUUAUAUUUCAUGUUCAGGAAUCCUAUGAGGAGCUGAAGUCAAAAGACACAAAUGCCAAUUCUAAAGAAUUGCUGUUAGAGGCUGCUGGCGGACAUAAAAGGGGCGGAAAAGUUUCAGGUUUUGGUUCUGCCAGCGAUUACUACUUCCCAAGUACGUCUACUACUGAAGUUCCUUCACAACCCUCAUAUGAUGACACAGUAUGGAAACAUCGUUUGGCUGAAGUUGAAAAGGCCCACAAAGAGCUGAUAGAAUCCAACAAAGAGCUGAUACAAUCAAACAAAGAGUUGAUACAGUUCAAGGAAUCUGCAUCAGUCAUUAUUGAAAAAAUGCAGCGCUCUAUGAAUAUGUGUCAACAAUCACCGCAAGGUACCUUUACAAAUGUGUUUCCAUCCCAAAGUAUGCAUCACAGUUCAAUCAUGGGUUUUCUUCCUCACCAACAACCUAGUUACAUCAAUGUUCUUCCUCAACAAUCUCAAUUCGGACCUUUCAUGAGUAUGUUAAUGCCACAAACUUCACAACUAUUCAAUACCAAGAAUAAUGGCCCGAAUCAGGAAGACAAUGGAUGUCAAGACGAGGAAGAUGAACAUGUUUAGUCUUUGUAUUUCAAAUCAAUAUAUUUAGUUUUUGUGAUUCAGUAUGUGCUUUUUAAGGUCUUCAAGAAUGACUUCAUCACUGUAUUUUGGAUUUCUUUUGGUUAAAUUAUGCAGUUUGGAUUUCUUUUGGUUAAAGUAUGCAAUUGCUAUCAUGUACUUCGUAUGUUGGUAUAAUUUAAAUUCUGGUAUUUGAUAAAUGCUUUGAUAGGGAUCUGAU